AUGGCUGAUUCAAUCAAAGAAGAGACACCCACGUCUGCAUUAGGGUCCGAUGCCGAAUUCGAUGCCGAGCUCGUCCGCAAAAGGAAGUCCAAGUCACCUGGGAUCUUCCACGAAUCAAAACGGGCAAAAGAAUCCGAAGACAUAGACCUUAGUGAAGAUAUCGCCAAACAGUUCAAAAAGUUCAAGGCCGCUCCCAAAUACAACUUCUACUCAGAGGAGGUGUAUUGUGUUUGUCGUAAACCCGACCAUGGAGGUGAGCUCAUGGUUGGAUGUGACGGAUGCGAGGAGUGGUUCCAUUUCAAGUGUAUGAAGCUCAACGUUAAGAACCAGAAGCUCAUCGACAGCUUUUUCUGUAAGUUCUGUCAGUGGCAGGGCUUUGGAACCACUAAGUGGCAUCGCAAGUGUCGUCUUACUUCUUGUCAUAAUCCUAUCCUCAAAAACGAAAAGUCCAAGUACUGUUCGGAGGAAUGUGGCUUACAGUACUUUAAGAGCCGUUUGACGGGCUCGGAUGUAUUAACUCAGAGCGAUAUCAAGGUGGUACUCACCAAAUGUAGUGGGCACAAUGAUUUGACCAGAAUGGGCCAGGAAUUCCCCGAACUCCCUGAAGUUCGUCUGCUUGACAUGGACAAGUUGCCUGGUGAUAUUCGCCAGGACCUCACCGAUAGCGAUACCAAGAAGCAAAGCAUCAACGAUCUUUUGGAGUUGGCAGAGCGGAGAAGCGAGUUUUUGGUGCAAAUCAAAGAGAAGGUGAGACUCAUCAAUGAGAAACUUCAACUCAAGUUGGAACCUUCCGGAGACUCCGACGAAGUUAAAAAGAGCAAGAAGAAGAAGACAAAACUGAGAAAAGUGGAUUUGUGCUGUUUUGACCGCAAACUUUCAGAGGACUCUAUGAUAGCAGAGUAUGAUCGAGUUUUGGGUCUGGAAAGUGUCUAUGAAGCCUUCAAGGACGAAAUCGAUGAAGUCGUCGAGCACUAUGAUGGCGACGGGUCCGCGGACUACACGGGAAGCAUGUGCUUGAGCGACAGAAGGAAGUGUUUGAGACACAACGGCUGGCUCAGUCUUUUGACCGACCAGGUGUGGAAACGGAAGUCAGAACUCGAGUUGCUGCUCGAACGCUUGGACCAGCAUAAGGCAGAUACCCUACGGGAUUACAGUAUACAGAAAUACGAGGAAUGUGUGGUUUGA